ACUUUAUUCUUCCAUACUUUAUCAUCCAUUUGAAAUCUGAAAUAAAAUUACUAAACAUAAAAUAAGACAAAACAUUAACGCUUGAUCCGUGGAUUGUUCUUUAGUUUACAGUGUUUUUUGGAUACCCGAAAUUGUCAUAAAUUCAGAUGUUUGAAUAUAAACGUUCUUAAAAUCAUUUUAUCUGAAUAUAUAUUUCCAUUGUAUAUCUACACAUGAUUUGUCUAAAUUCAUUUCAUCUGAUAAAUAUAAAACAAUAUAGGAGAUUUUAUACUUAUUCAAUAAUUUCAAGACUUUGUGACUAUAUAACAUCUGUUUGACGUAAGGGGAGCUUCUCAGGGGUUAACUUUUGAUACGAGGAUUAUGUAGAAGCUUCUACUGUUGGCAGUGCCGUUAAAUGUGACAGGUCAGUCUGCAAGAAUGGCGACCAUGGUAGAAGAACAGAAUUUGGUUGACAUGGGCGAAGAUAAAGAAUCACAAUUCGACCAAGUUACUUACAAUUGGGUGGAUAUUACCCAAGAAUUUUUCGAUGCCAUUACAGAGUUGGAAUUGGGUGAACUAUUACGUGAUGAGUUAUUUGGAUUAUUUGAGGCCAUGUCUGCAAUUGAAAUGAUGGAUCCAAAAAUGGAUGUUGGCAUGCUAUGUAAUAGAGGCAACAACAAACCGUGCACUUUUACACAGGCUGUUGAUUCUGGUGCAUUGAAAUUGGACAAUUUGACAUCAUCGGAAGUUAUAGGAAUAAUUGAUUCAACAUAUGCGUGUAUAGUGUCUUGGCUUGAAGGCCAUAGUUUAGCGCAAACAGUUUUCACUAAUUUAUAUCUUCACCAACCGAGUCAAAUAGCGGAUAAACCUUUGAGAACCUUUUGUUAUGCUGUAUAUAAAAUAAUUGAAAUAAUUAAAGAUUGCAUCAAUAAAGCAUUAGUUUUUGAGGAAGAAGAUUUCCAGAGUGUUACUUAUGGUUAUAGAUUGCAACAGGAUAUUACAGAACAAAAAAUCAUAUCCAUGCUGAGAGAAGUAGAAGAUGAACUACCUGGGAAAAGAAUAAAACCAAUUCAUGUAGUAUCAGAGAAAGAAUAUGGUGAUAGAUUAGCACUCUAUGCUAGAAUUAGAUUUACUAAAAUAUUUUAUCAAAUUUUAUCAUUAAUGGGAAAGAAAGAACAGUUGCAACAAAAUUUAAAUGAUUGUCAUACAUUGUUAUCAAGAUGUUCUUAUAUGAUUCAAAUGAUGAUUAAAACAGUAAACAGUGGAGAAAAAGCUGAUGAAAUAUCAAAUUAUCCAAAUAUUAUGGGGUUUGACCCUAUGGUGAAUCAAAGAUUAUUACCACCAACAUUUCCACGGUAUACAAAAAUAAAACCAAGACUAGAGGCUUUAAAAUAUUUGGAUGAGCUAUUAAACAGAUUUCGAACAGUUACUACGAUUACUAAUCAGAAUGGAUUCCAUGCAGCUUUGGACUUUUUUUUAGAAUUUUCACGACGAAGUCCAUGUAUAUUAUCCAGGUCAAUGUUGCAAAUAGUUUAUUUACCUACAACAAAUCGAGUAUUCGGUGUGCAAAAUUUUGCCGAUGUUUUGAAAGAUGCAGCGCGGAAUUUCAUAGCACCUCCGGUACUAAUGCCAAAGAGUACGUUACUUCAAAAUCAUCAAGCUAAAGAAUAUGUUGAUAGUUUCUUAUCUCACUGUGUGGGGCUCUUUGGUAGUUUAUUACAACUUACUGGCCAUAAUAGAGCAAGACAGAGAGACAAAUUAGCACAUUUAUUGGAUGAUUUUGCAAUAUUACAGGAUGAAGCUGAAAGAGUUGAUGGAUUUUUACAUGCCUUGUCAAUGAAAAGUGAUACACCAAGGUCACAUUUAGCUUGUUUCGGAACAUGGAUCUUGUAUCAUACACUACGAGUUAUGGUCAUGUAUUUAUUAAGUGGCUUUGAAUUGGAAUUAUAUUCGGUGCAUGAAUAUCACUAUAUAUUUUGGUACCUAUAUGAAUUUCUUUAUGGAUGGCUAGUAUCAGCUAUUACAAGAGCCAAUACGUUCUUGAUGGAACAUGAUGUACAUAAUGAUACACAUAAGGGUAGAGGUGGUAAGAAAAGUGCGAAAAACAAGAAGAAAAAAUCAACAUCAAGACCGUAUAAUUUAGAAAUAUUAAUGUAUCAAGCCAUGCAAAAUAUAUGUGGAGGAUAUUACAAAGCUUUAGUUGGUUUCCGUAUGGAUGGUAAAAUACCACUUCCUGAGUCACCAUUUGAUUCAGAACGAGUUCGAUAUGAGCACAGGUUAUUACCAUUUUCUUCGUUACUCACACCACCUCCGGUACAUUAUCAGGAAUUCUUAGAUAUGACGAAUGCACAGAUGCAUAAAAGAAACGAAAAGGUUACUAGUGAAAUGCUGUACUUAGCCGGUUGUCGUCAUUUUCAUCAAGCUAGAAAUAUGUUAGAACGAGCUUUGUCUUUUUAUCCACAAAAUUCUAGUACUCUAAAUGAGAUCAAUGAUUUAUUAAAAGUGGCGAAAACGAAUUUCGUGGUUCUAAAGUUACUCGCUGAUGGGCAUAAAAAGGAUUCUAAAGAACCUCCAGUAUUUGACUUCUCGUAUCACCAACAUUUCCCAUUGAUAAAAUUGAUCUAAAUCAUUUGCAACGGCCAUCAUUUCAUGCUAUAAAUGACAUAUUAUUUAUUCUAGCUUUAAUCGUGCAGAAAAACUUUUUGUGUUGUUGAUUUUGGAUGCCUUUUUUUUGUCUAAUACAAUGUUUAAAGCUCCCCCCCUUUUUUGUUUUAUUAACGAUACACCCUUCAUUGUACAGAUAUGUAUUAUUUAUCGUACAUAUUUUGUGGAUAAAUUUCUAUAAAGAAUGAAAAUGAUAUUUGUAUAUAGUUUAUCAUAAAUCGUAUGUUUUAAGUGAAUUCAUGUGGAUAUUAAGAAUGAAUGCGUCGAUCGUUUGAAGAUAAGGUUCGUGAAAUUUACAGAUCGUUAUGAAAUGUAAAUAACAAAAGUAUAGAAUGUAUAGUCUCAAAAUGUUGUAUAGUAAUACAUCUUAUCAAUGAAAUUGUUAACAGUUCUUGUUAGUGACAUCUGCAACAUUUUGAAUAUAUAUUGCAGGCUUCAGCUAUGUAACACAUGUUCCGAUAACAACCUUUUUUAUAAUAACAAUCCGUAACUUUAUUAAUCAAACGUGAUCUAAAUUGUUUGCGUCUAUGAGUAUUAUAUUCUCUACAUUUUAGGAAGACAUGAUUUAUACAUUAUUGAAUUCUGCAUUGUACAGGAACGAGAGAAUAUUGUAACAUUAAACUGAAACACUAAAUUUCACUGUAAAAUCAGAAAGAAGAGAAAGUGAUGUAUGUCUAAUAAAAAUAAUACUCUGAAA